CGCGGAUCGUGGACGUGUUCGUUUCUCGGGCAGUGCAAACUACAAAAGAGUAAGUUGUGUCCGGUUGGAGGCAUUUUUUUUUCUUCUGUUGCUCCGUUCCCACAGUCAGCAAGAAGAUUACUACAGCUGCUGGCGGGUGGGUUGCAUGCGGUGGAAACGUCGUGGUUCACUCUGAUUACGCGAUUUUUUCUCUAUCGACUAGCGAGUUUUGGAUCUUGGCCCAUAUCUCGGCCAAGAAAGGUGAUGCUUGCCAAUCUGAUUGUGCUGCCUGUGGCUCUGCUUUAGUGUGUGCGAUAAUAAAAAGAAGGUGAAAUCCCUCAGCAAGUGCGGUCGGAGGUGCCAAGUGUACUGGCUACAACUGGAAUUAUUCUUGUUCUUAUUGUUCCGACUGCGAAGAAAGGCAUUUUGGUGUGUGUUGCGCGCUGGCUGUGCCUGUGCUGCAAAGUGAAUGGUGCCCCACUGAAAGGUUGAAAGGUGUUAGGUAGUUCCAACAUUGAAUUGGCAAAAAGAUUAGAAAAUGUGGCGAAAAUUGGAUCCCUGCUUGGGGCAUUAGUGCACAGUGAAGAACCCCCCCAUUUGCCUCGUCGUUUUGGGGCCACGACCAGAAAGAAAACAAAAAGUUUCACCAAUUAGCGGAAUUUCGGAAGCGGCGAAACAGCACUGCUGAGAAAGAGCCAAAGAAGAGCACCGAAGCAAGGAACGGAACAGCACCGCAAAAACAUGUCAUCAACGGAGCUUUACGUGAAGGAUGCCCGCGUCUGGAUUCCCCAUGCGGAUAAGGUCUGGCAGGGUGCGGUAGUGCUCCGUGACUACAAGGAAGGCGACACCAGCCUGGAGCUGAUAACGGAUCGCAAGGAACCGCACACCGUACAGCUCAAGUCACCGAGCGAUCUGCCUCACCUGCGCAACCCUGCCAUCCUGAUCGGACAGAAUGAUCUCACGGCGCUGUCCUACCUGCACGAACCGGAUGUCCUGUACAAUCUGGAGGUUCGUUUCUGCGAUCGCCACAACAUCUACACCUACUGCGGUAUCGUCCUGGUGGCGAUCAACCCGUACGCUGAACUGCCGCUCUACGGAGCGGACCUGAUCCGUGCCUAUCGGGGUCACUCGAUGGGUGAACUGGAACCACAUAUCUUUGCCGUGGCGGAGGAAGCGUACGCCAAGCUGGAGCGGGAAAAGUGUGAUAUUAGUAUUAUUGUUAGUGGAGAGUCCGGUGCCGGGAAGACCGUGUCGGCCAAGUAUGCUAUGCGAUACUUUGCCGCGGUUGGGGGCAGUGAAUCGGAAACGCAAAUCGAGAAGAAAGUGUUGGCCAGCAGUCCGAUUAUGGAAGCGAUCGGAAAUGCAAAAACGACACGAAACGAUAACAGUUCCCGGUUCGGAAAGUUUACCAAGUUGCUGUUUACCAAUAAUCUGUCGAUGAUGAACCUGACGGGUGGCACCAUGCAGACGUAUCUUUUGGAAAAAUCUCGGGUGGUGUUUCAGGCUCCUGGCGAGCGAAACUAUCACAUUUUCUAUCAGCUGUGUGCGGCCAAGAAACAGUGGCCGGAGCUGAUGCUGGACCAUCAGGAUAAGUUUCACUUUCUGAAUCAGGGUCAGUCACCGGAUAUUGCGCGUGUAUCGGAUGAAGAUCAGUUUCGGGAAACAACGAAUGCGUUCAAGAUUUUGGGAUUCGACGGUGGGGAGAUUAGUGACAUCAUGAAGGUACUGGCAGCGGUACUGCAUCUGGGAAAUGUCGAAUUCUCUCACAAGUACAAGAAGCAAUCGCAGGAAGUGGAUCAGGAAGCGUGCAGUGUUGCGUCCGACGAUCUACAUGUGAACAUCUUCAGCGAUAUCCUGAGGCUAAACCGCGACGAGCUACGCAAAUGGCUCAUAACUCGACAGAUCGAAUCGUUCAACGAUACGGUGCUGAUUCCGCAGAGCAAAUCCCAAUCGGAAGCGGCUCGUGACGCUCUGGCAAAGCACAUUUACGCCGAAAUGUUCCAGUACAUCGUUAACAAAAUCAAUCGCAACCUGGCCGGUGGCAAGAAGCAAAACUGUUUCAUUGGCGUGCUGGACAUCUACGGCUUCGAAACGUUCGAUAUAAACUCGUUCGAGCAGUUCUGCAUCAACUAUGCAAACGAAAAGCUACAGCAGCAGUUCAAUCAGCAUGUCUUCAAGCUGGAACAGGAGCAGUACCUGAAGGAGGGAAUCGAGUGGAAGAUGAUCGACUUCUACGACAAUCAACCGUGCAUCGAUCUGAUCGAAGCCAAGUUGGGCAUUUUGGACCUGCUUGACGAGGAAUGCCGAAUGCCUCGCGGGUCGGACGAGUCCUGGGUGGGGAAACUGCAGGAAAAGUGCAGCAAAUACAAACACUUCGAUAAACCCCGGUUCGGGACGAGUGCAUUUUUGAUUAAGCACUUUUCCGACACGGUCCAGUACGAGUCGCAUGGGUUUCUGGAGAAAAACCGGGACACGGUUUCAAAGGAGCUGGUGAACGUUCUGCGGAUGUCGGAGAUGAAGUUGUGCCAUAAGCUGAUGACUGUGCAGGAUGAGGCACAGUCGGAGGCAACCGAAAUGGGGAAGACCGGGGUGAAGUUGGUCAUUAGUGCCGCCAAGAGUCAGCCAAUGACCCAAAAGCAACAGAGGAAAACAGUCGGCUCGCAGUUCCGGGAAAGCUUGACCCUGCUGAUUACUACGCUUCACAAUACGACGCCACAUUACGUGAGGUGUAUUAAGCCCAACGAAGACAAGGCCGCCUUCCGAUGGGAGGCACCGAAAAUCGUCCAACAGCUGCGGGCCUGCGGUGUGCUGGAGACGGUCCGCAUCUCGGCCGCCGGUUUCCCGUCCCGCUGGAGGUACGAGGACUUUUACGAUCGCUAUCGGUUGCUCUGCAAGCGCGUCCAGAUCAUCGACUGGAACGAGAAGGCCACCUGUGCGAACAUCGUGCGCAACUGGCUACCCGACACGGACAAAUACCGGCUGGGCAACACGCAAAUCUUCUUCCGCGCCGGGCAGGUAGCUUAUCUGGAACAGCUGAGAAGCGACCUGCGCAAGAAGCACAUCGUCAAAGUGCAGUCACUGAUAAGAAGAUUUAUCUGUCGAAACAAAUAUCUCCGACUGAAGCGCACUGCUCUCGGGCUGCAGCGACACGCCAGAGGGAUGUUGGCUAGGAAGCGAGCGGAUAACCUUCGGAAGAAUCGUGCAGCGAUUACGAUUCAACGCUACAUGCGAGGUUGGCUGCAACGGACCAGGUAUCAACGAAUCCGGCGGACUGUACUUGGAUUACAAACCUACGCCCGUGCAAUGCUUGCCCGUCGGAAGUUCAAGCAAGCACUGGACAACUACAAAGCAACGGAAAUUCAGCGCAUCUGUCGAGGCUACCUGGCUCGAGAACGGACCAGGCAGCGUCUGGCGAAUAUCGUCAAGUGUCAAGCAACAAUACGCCGAUUCUUGGCACGUCGAAUGUACAAGCGCUUGAAGGCGGAGGCCCGAACCAUUUCCCACAUUCAAAAGAUGUACAAAGGUUUGGAGAACAAGAUCAUCGAACUGCAGCAGCGCUACGAUCAACUGUCGAAGGAAAAUACUGGUCUGAAGAAGCAGAAUGCCGAUAUUCCGGAGAUGCGCCAGAAGAUGGCAACCAUGAAGCGACAGGAGAACGAGCUGAAGGCUUUGAAGCUGCAGUUGGAGCAAAAGGACGAAAAGUUGCUGAUAGUGAUCAAACAGUUGGAAAACGAACGGGACGAGAAGAUGAUUCUGCUGGAAGAGAAGCAAAAGGAAGAGGAAGAUCGGCUGAAAGAACGGGCCGUUAUGGAGCAGGAUCUCGCAAAAAUGCGAGAGCAGGUCAAUGAAAUCAGCGACGUAACCAAACUGGAACGGGAUCGACUCCUAUCGCAAGCGGACUCCAAAGAAAUCCACUCAGCUUACCAACGAAUGGUUGAGGAUAAAAAUCAGCUAGAGAAUGAGAACAACAAUUUGCGACACGAACUGCGUCGGUUGCAGCAUAUCAUCAGCAACUCUCACGAGCUGAAGACGCACUCGCGGUCGGUUAGUAACGCGUCCAGCACCAACGAGGAGGACUUCGGUUACAAUUCGGGCAAGAAUACGCUGGAGAUUCGACGAUCGCCGCUCUCGUGCGAAGGUGAAGUUAACAAUAAUUUGAAGCGAAAUAGCAACGGCGGUAAUGUUAGUACAAGUGUUCCUAAUACUGUGCCGGUGGUUUCACCAGCGGCCGUAAGGGUGGCGAUAGCGUCUGCCAUUACUACGACCGUUCCUAGUAGCGGGACGACCGCAGUCAGUAGUCCUCCGCCAUCUAUGGGUAAUGUUUCUAGUCAAAGUAGUAUUACAGAACUGCCACGAGUGCCGGCGAAGGACUCUUCGUUUGAUUCGCUCGAACGGCUGCUGAACAGGACCCCCUCGAUGUCGUUCAACCACCUGCAAGACCAUUCCACACCCAACAAUUCGGAAUUGCCGGAGAAGGACCAGACGACCAUCAUCCUGAAAAUGCGCAAACUCUUCGAAGAGGAGAAAUCCAAGAGCGAUCAGCUCCGCAAGGAGAUCGCUCGGUUCCGCAAGAGUUCCUCCUUCAGUACGGAGGAUUCGAUCCGUGCCUCGGAGCUGGAGGUGGAAAUCGAAAAACUACGACAGGAUUACAACCUGCUGAGGAAUAGCAUCAAGCGCGGAGUGGAAGAUCGCGAACUGGAGGCACAACACAAUGCACUGCAGGAGGAGCUGAAACGGCGCCGCGAUGAGUGCAUCUCGUUGAAGGCCGUCCUCGCGCAGCAGAGUCAUUCGCUGCGAACGCUGGGUCAGUCACAGAUCAAUCCGAACGGCGAUGCCAGCAGUAUGAGGAUUCACGACGAAGGCGAACUGAUGGAAGCGUUCCAGGCGCAGAAGUUGGUCAAUAGGCAGCUGGAGUCGGAACUGCGGGCGAUGAUGGAUGCCAACAACGAGACCCUGGUGGAGAACAACAAGAUCACGGAAGCGCUGAGGAAGGAGCUCCAGGAGCUUCAGUUGAUUCUGCAAGGAAGACUCGAAGGUUCCAACGAGGACAACUUGGACACGCUGAAGCAAAGUGAUCUGUACUUGAGGCAUGAGUUGAAGAAAUCGACCUCGGCUUACGUAGAUCUGCAGGAGCAGGUGAACGACUUGCUGGCCAAGAUCCAUGAGCUGACGAAGAAGAACAACAUUCUGUCGAACCGGUUACGGGACCAUGGUCUGAACGAUUCUAUUCUGAUGAACGAAGAGUUCCAGUCGAUGGUGAUGGUGAAGAAGAAGGCUCAAUCGUACCAGGGUAUACUGAAAUACCGGCACGAAGACGAGAACAAGAUCAUCCAGCGACUGGUGACGGACCUGAAACCGAGAGUGGCAGUCACGCUAACUACGAGUUUACCAGCUUAUGUGGUGUUUAUGUGCAUCAGAUAUACCGAUUUGGUCAAUACGGAUCAGCAUGUGCGAUCGCUGCUGACGCGGUUUGUGCAGAUGAUCAAGCGGCUGUACAAGCUGCCCAACGUUGCCGAAGUGCGAGUUAUGUGGCUAGUCAAUACCCUUACCCUACACAAUUUGUUGAAGCAGUUUGGCGGCUAUCCGGAGUACAUCCAGUACAACACCGACGUGCAGAACCAACAGCAGCUGAAGAACUUCGACCUGUCGGAGUACCGGCAGGUGAUCUACGAGAUGAUCAUCCUGAUGCACGGUGUUCUGCUGCGGCAGAUCCAGGAAUCGAUCAAGCAAUUCAUAGUGCCGGCCAUCCUCGAUCACGACGAAACGGCCCGCGGCAAGAGCCGGGGCCGAACGAUGUCGCUCGACAUGUCGCCGGAUCAGAGCCGGGAACCGAAGUCGCUGGUUCAGCAGUUGGACAUCUUCUACAAACAUCUGACCAGCUUCGGCAUGGAGAACUACUACAUCGAGCAGAUCUUCAAACAGCUCAUGUAUUACAUCUGCGCCGUGGCGGUCAACAGUCUGAUGCUGAGAGGUGAUCUGUGCAUGUGGAAAACGGGCAUGAAGAUUCGCUACAACGUCAGCUGUUUGGAGGGAUGGAUCCGAACGAUGGCCAUGGAUCCGGAUGUGGUCAAGCCGCUGGAGCCGCUGAUCCAAAUUUCCCGCAUCCUGCAAGCCCGCAAGACGGAGGAGGACGUUCAAACGUUGCUGGAACUCAGCACCUGCCUAACGACGGCGCAAAUUUUGAAGAUCAUCAAAUCCUACACCACGGACGAUUGCGAGAACGAAAUCAAACCGAUCUUCAUCGAGAAGCUGACGAAGCAGCUGAAUGAGCGUUCCAACCAGAGCGAAUCGGACACGUACAUGAUGGACGAAGAGAUCGUCAGCCCGCUGGUCGUGGUGUACAAGUACAGCGAGGUCAAUCUGGAGGAAAUUGACGUCCCCGAGGAGCUGAACCUGGACGGUUUAGUCACGAAGAUUUAAACGUGGGCAAGUUCGAUGCGAGUGACGCAUUCCACAUAUUUUAAAUAGGUAAAUUGACAUAUAUACCGUAGAUGCAAAGGCAGAACUUAGACCAAGAACGUGCAAAUCGUUAGAGAAAUUGUUAUUCAAAUUCAAGAGAGUUUAUCGACUUCCGAAGGAAUAUCAGAGAGACACAUAUUUACACGAUUCGUUUGUUUCUAUUUUUCGUGUACUUGAAUGCAUCCUGAGUUACUUUUAGGAAAGUACUAUAAUUGGCCUUCAUCAUGCUUCGGCUAAAUCGAUUCAAAAUACAUACAAAACCAACGGUUUUUGCCUGCUAAGGACAACGUUGUUUGGAACUGCAAGUGCAUUUAUAUUACCUGUCGGGCUGGUGACCCUGAACUCAACGCAUUUCCCAACUGUAUUAUAGAUUUUUGUUUAUGUUUUCCUUCCACUGAAUCGAUUGUGUAAGUACCUAAAACUUAUAUAUACACAUAUAUAUGCUAUUGUUAUUUAUUACUGGAAUGCAAGUCUGAAUAGGAGUGUACGAAAAAUACGGUUGAAAAAUUUAUUAAAUACUGACUUCAUUGCAAGCACCAAAAAUAUAGCCACAUUUCACAAGUAGCAAAGCAAAGUAAAGCGAAAAGGAAACAAUAAUCAAUGCUGUAACGUAACGAAAGUACAUCAAAUUUGCGCUAAGCAACCAUGUUGAAAGAGAACAAUAGUAUACCCCCUGUUAUAGAGCAUUUAUCGUGAUAGAAGAAAUUUACUCUGUACUUACCAGCUGUGAGUAGUGAGAGAACGCUAAACUAAUAAUAAAAAGGAUACAUAGGUACCUACCAGAAUGUUAGU